AUGGUAUUUGAUCAUCCCUCAAUCAGUGCUAUUAACUACUCUGGUAUCUGGUCAAUCUUUAGGGAGAAUAAUGAUCAUCAUCUACUGCGUAAUGGUCGGGGUCAUGGAGAUGCCGGGGGCACGAGGGGACUGGCGGUCGGGGGUCCCGGUAAUCACCUCUCGCAAGCAGGGGCCGCCCCACUGGCUUCGGGACGGUGGCCGCCGGCGGUGGGUGGAGGGAGAGGGGCGCCAGUUGGCCGGGGGGAGGACUUAGUGGCGGGGGGAGGCGAAGGGAAUCCGAAGUGGGAGGGGAAAGCGGCUCGCGCGACUCACCCCGGGGCAUGGGCCCUGCUACGAAUUCCCCCUGCGAUGCGCGGCCUCACAGGGUGGUGCCAUUCCGAAUCACAUCAGUGUGGCUGUACAGAUCCCUGCCUACGUGUUGGAAGCGUUCUCCGAGAUCUUCGCGACCCCGGCAGGAUACGAGAUGGCCUUCCUCCUGUCACCUAA